AUGGCGAUGGGCUUCUCCCCAGAACAGGUGGCGUGUGUUUGUAAGGUUCUUCUCCAGAGUGGAAGCAUGGAUUGCUUGUCCUCAUUCUUAUGCUCUUUACCUUCCAUUUCCUCUUCAUCCAAUGUGUAUCUGGGAAUGGCCCACAGUCAAGAGAGCGUGCUGAAAGCGCGGGCUGCGGUCGCCUUCCACCACUGUCGUUUUGCUGAGCUCUACGCCUGGUUAGAGGCGAACGUGUUCUCCCCGCGCAGUCACCCUCUCCUCCAGCAGCUCUGGCUCCAGGCUCACUACAUGGAGGCUGAAUUGCAGAGGGGCCGGCCUCUUGGGGCCGUGGGGAAGUACCGCAUCCGCCGCAAAUUCCCUCUUCCUCGUACCAUCUGGGAUGGAGAGGAGACCAGCUACUGCUUCAAGGAAAAGUCUCGCAGUGUAUUGCGAGAGUGGUACUGCAGAAAGCCGUACCCCUCGCCGCGAGAGAAACGAGAUUUGGCUGCAGCCACUGGACUCACUGCUACACAAGUCAGCAACUGGUUCAAGAACCGUCGACAGCGGGACAGAGCUGCGACCAGCCGUCAGGGAACGUCAGCAGGAGCGUUCCUGAGCUCUGAUGAGGAACUCUCACCGCCGGCGAGUCCCAGCACACUCUUCUCCUGCUCCCAGCAGCUCUCUGCCCACCCGCCCCCUCUACGCCACCUGGGACACACUACUGAAAUUGAUGCAGUGGAAUACAGGUCAUAA